AACCCGUUUGAGAGCGCGACAGGGCUCCCGCAUACAGCCUAACACCGGAAUUGUGAUGCGCACGAGCCCUUCCUCCUCCUCUACUUCUCCCUGUUCUUCUCUUUCCUCUUCUAUUUCUUCUUCUUCGCUGGAGAUUUUGUGGAAUCGGUGUGAUUGCUGUUAUUGUUGUUGUGGUGGUUGUGGCUGUUACUACUCUGGCCGGCUGCCGUUACCGUUACUCCUCAGACCGCUCGUCUGUUGUGGCCGCGAGGGGAAACACCACAACAACGGUCACCGACACCGGCGGCAGACCUGCCUCACUCUCUCUCUCCCCCCCUCUGUCUCUCUCGGUGUGUCGGUGUUUCUCUGCCUCAAACCGCACUACAGAAGCAGAAAAAAAGAAAACACGUUUGAAAGCCGCGGGUCGCUUCCUUCAGCCCCACUCUGACUCUGCCGAGCAGAAACUGAAACAACAAUAAACAACAACACAAAAGAUGAGUUCAUAUUUCGUCAACUCGCUCUUCUCCAAAUAUAAAAGCGGGGAUUCGUUACGUCCGAACUACUACGAGUGCGGUUUUACGCAGGACCUGGCAGGCAGCCGGCCCACCGUGGUGUACGGCCCGGGCUCCGGCGCCACCUUCCAGCACGCUCCGCAGAUCCAGGACUUCUACCACCACAGCGCUUCCACGCUGCCCAGCAACCCGUACCAGCAGAGCCCCUGCGCGGUCACAUGCCACGGCGAGCCGGGCAACUUCUACGGAUACGACGCCCUGCAGCGACAGACGCUUUUCGGGGCCCAGGACGCGGACCUGGUCCAGUACAGCGAUUGUAAACUGGGAGGCGCGCCGGGGCUCAGCGGCGAGGACGCGGAGGGAACCGAGCAGAGCCCUUCACCGACGCAGCUGUUCCCCUGGAUGAGGCCGCAAGUAGCUGCUGGUAGGAGGCGGGGCCGGCAGACCUACAGCCGCUACCAGACCCUGGAACUGGAGAAGGAGUUCCUGUUCAACCCCUACCUGACCCGUAAACGCCGCAUCGAGGUGUCGCACGCGCUGGCGCUGACGGAGCGACAGGUGAAGAUCUGGUUCCAGAACCGGAGGAUGAAGUGGAAGAAGGAGAACAACAAGGACAAGUUCCCCAGCAGCAAGAGCGAGCAGGAGGCGGUGGAGAGGGAGAGGAGGGAGAAGGAGCUGCGGGAUGGCGGAGGAAGUGGGGGAGGUGGAGAAGGUGGAGGUGGUGGAGGAGGAGGAGGCUCGGUGGCGGUGGCGGGCACAGCGGGGUCUCAGGCCGUGAGUGAGGAUUGCUGCGAGAAAACCCACAAGCAAAUGUAG